CGAGAUUGGUCGAAUCCUUACGUUACGUCUUACUGAAUUUUGUCUGCGAAGGCCCUUAAUAGACACAGCUACGGCCUCUAGUUGCGCUCUUCUUUCUAACUCAUCAAAAGAUCCAAUAUUUUUGAACUCUUCGAUUUGUUGUUAUGCGUGUUUUAUUAUAAAUUACAACUCAAGAUUGACGGAGAGAGAGAAAAUUGACAAAUAAUGCCGAACUUCGGGGAGUUAUCUUUUUAUUAAAGGAAGAAAAGGGUAAUAACAUACUGCAUUGCAUCAUAACCUGUAUUGUACCGUGCUGAGAAUGGAAGACACUGUGGAGACUCCGCGUCCGAGUCCGAAACGCAAAUCUGAUAAAAUAAACACAAUGACAAAAUUGCCCAGUGCAACCAGCACCCCUGCGGUGAGCAACGGAGUCGCACAAUUAAAUGGCAGUGCCAACGGGUUAAACUCUAUUACGCCACAGAAAGUAUCAUCACGCAGGCUAAAUCCACCAAGACCGCAUAAUAUAGAAGAAUUGGUUCGAGUAGAGAAAUUAAAUGCCGAAGAUGCAACUAGCACGUUCAAUCUGGAGGACUUGUCAGACAGCGAGGAUGUCUGGAUUAUGGAUCUACCCAGAUUAAUAGACCCACAAGAGCUUUACGGUCAAACGAUAAUUUUGGGUGACAAAUCGAAAUUUAAAAUUAAAGGCGAACGAUACUGUACAGUAGCUCACGAUAAAAAAGACGAUGUUACAUGUGUUCUCAAUGUCGGGAAGGAGGUACUGCAAUAUAAGACUAUAAAUAUCAAAUCGACUGGUUCGUUAACGGUAAGAAGGAAAUUACCCGCAGCAGUAAAAGUACAGCCGGUACCUACGGAUAACUCUGGUGUGCAAGUUCCUGAUAAUCUGAAAAGAAGACAUCCAUUGUUUGGCGUUAUGCGGGAACACAAGAAACGAAUGCGGAAACGUAGCUCGCGAUCUUCUUUAAACAAAUGAAGAAAGUGGAUUUCUGUUAAACAGACUGGAAUGAUUUUAAUAAAAUGUAAGAUACUUUAGAUGACAAUUUUUUUAAUGAAAGAUUCUCUGUAAAAAUAUCAAUUGAUCCCUUUUGGUCGUAAUGACUACAAGUUUAUGUAAAUUUAAGUCUAUGUAAGUGUGUAAUAUUAUGAGCCACGUGUUCACUUGUACAAAUAUUCAUAAUACAAAUACAAAUAAGGAUAGAUAAUUGUAUCAGAACAAAAUGUCACCUGUACAAUUAAAAUUAUUCUAUAUAUUGGAA